AGAUAGACAAAAAUCAAUAGACAGGAAUAACAAGAUACAUUUGUGAAAAAUAUUGGUUAAUAUUAGCCUAGGAUUUCACUCAAUGAUUGCUCAAAUUAAUUGUUCAGUCUGUACUGUGUGAAACGUUUCUGUUCAUUGGUCAGUACCCAAUGUUGCUAUAAUUGAUGGUUUGCUGUUAAAAGAAGAUACUCACCCACGUAAUGAACUACUCAUUAGUGAAACCAGUUGAUUGGCAGUUAAAAUGAAAUGAAAGUGAAUAAAAUAUGAGAAAAUCAGCUUUGUCAUUGACACUGAUGAUGAUAUUCACAAUGAAACUUAUGAUAUUUCAAAUAUAUUUGUUUAACGGAGUAUUUACAUCACCAUAUCGUCAAACAAAAUAUUUAUAUUUGAAGGAGGCUAAGCGAUAUCCAAUAAUACUAAUACAUGGAAUCGGAGGAACACAAGCACACUGUCGACUGAGAGACUCUGAAUCACACACGAAACGCUUUAUCGUAUGGAUUCGAGUUUUAUACUUCCUUCUACCUGAAAAGUUGUUAUCUUAUAUGGGACUAUCAUAUAACCCUACGUCGAAAACAACACAUGAACGCGGUAUCUGUGAUGUUGAAUUCCCUGGUUUUGGUGAUACAUGGGCAAGUGAAUAUUUAACUGAAGAAAAAUAUGCUCUAUCAAGUUAUAUGAAGCAACUUGUUGAUGGUUUGGCUGAAGAUAGAUAUUUUGUGCGAAAUAAGACAAUACGUGCUGCACCAUACGAUUUUCGCAGGUCACCGAAUGAAAACGCUAAAUACUUUGAUAAAUUGAAGCAGCUUGUUGAGGAGACAUAUAGGAAUGGCGAUAACCGUCCAGUAUACUUACUUGGACACAGUUUGGGAUCAUUAUAUUCUAUGUAUUUCCUCAAGCGUCAAACGAAAGAUUGGAAGAAAAAAUAUGUCAAGGGAUUUAUAUCUGUUUCAGGUCCGUUUGGUGGAUCUGUGGAAGCGUUAUAUGCUGAAGCUUGUGGUGACAAUUUCGGAAUACCCCUUCGUAGUACAUUAGCUUUCCGAGAAGUUGAACGUUCUUUUCCUGCAAUGGCAUUCCUCCUGCCAGAUCCACGUUUAUGGCCAGACGAUGAGAAGAUUAUCAUAACUGCAAAUAAAAAUUAUUCAGCAUUCGAUAUGAAAGAGUUUUUCGAUGAUAUUUCCUUUCCUUCGGGUUACGAAAUGAUGCAAGCUGCUAAACAAUCAAUUGAUACAUUUGAACAACCUACAGACGUUGAAAUCUAUUGUAUUUACAGUAUUCAAAUGCCUACAAUAUCACAGAUGAUAUUUAUGCCAUCUGGAAAGUUUCGUUCAACAUUUCCUAAUCAGAUACCAAGAAUCAAAUAUGGCGAUGGAGACGGUAUGGUAGGCACCCGAAGUUUAUCUGUAUGUAAUAACUGGAAAUCUAUCAACUUGUUCAUAUUGAAACGUAGCACACAUGAAGAUAUUUUGAAAGAUGUCCGGUUAAUUAGAUAUGUGAAAAAAGUAGUUACAUCUGACUGAAGUAAAACGAUACUUUAGUAGUCGAAAUAAUCUCAGAACGAAUCUUAAUAAUAAACCUCUUUUGAAAUGUAGUAUGUUUUAGUAAAAACAAGAAUUUGAAAAAUUUUACUUUGUUUGAAUCUAUCUUCGAUGUCCAAUUUAGUUUUUUCAAUCUAUCUGAGUAAAUUGAAUCCUAUCGGAUGCAUUUUUUUUAACGCACUGUAUAAUCAGGGAAUAAAUUGAUAAUUUGUCGC